AUGGCGGGCACUACGUUGUCGGAAGACAAUUUCGUGGAGCAAGAACUGUGCUCUCAGUUAGACGAAGUAUCUGAUGAGGUUUUUGGAUUUGGGGAUGACCUCGAACUUAACCAAUUCGAUGGGCUGCCAUACUCGUCUCGAUAUUACAAACUUUUAAAAGAGAGAAAAACCCUACCUGUCUGGAAAGUUAGGAGUGAAUUUAUGAAAGCUUUGGAUGAAAAUCAGUUUAUCAUCAUCUCUGGAACGGUAAAAUCUGGGAAAAGUACUCAGAUCCCGCAGUGGUGUGCAGAGUUCUGCCUGGCUGAGCAGUACAGACACGGCAUGGUAGUGUGUACUCAGAUCCUCCGCCAGCAGGCAGUGGAUCUGGCACUGCGUGUGGCAGACGAGAUGGACGUGAACAUCGGCCAUGAAGUGGGCUAUAGCAUCCCUCUGGAAACAUGCUGCUCCAGCGACACUGUUCUCAGAUACUGCACAGAUGACGUCUUGCUGCGGGAGAUGAUGUCAGACCCGUUGCUGGAGCACUAUGGGGCGGUCGUCAUUGACCAGGCUCACGAGCGAACGGUUAGCACUGACCUCCUCCUGGGCCUGCUGAGAGAAGUCAUGCUACAGAGGCCAGAGCUCAAGGUGGUAGUGCUCUCUGCCCAACCGUUCUCCAACAAAUUACUCUUACACUACGGAAACGUACCCCAUUUGAGUCUGGAGGCUCUCCAUCCGUCUGAGGUGGUCCACAGCAACAGCAGCCACAAAGAGUGCUUCUACUCAGCACUGAGACUUGUUCUAGAGAUACACCGUACAAAAGAGGCCGGCGAUAUCGCCCUCUUUCUGGCGUCUGAACAGGAAGUUGGCUUUGCCUGCAGCAUUCUGUGUAAAGAGGGGUCUAAGCUUAGUGUUGAACUGGGGGAACUGGUGCCAGUUAUCCUGUGCCCAGGGCAUGCUGGGACAUAUAUGUCACCAACUGAGGAACAACCCAGGAGAAGGAGGGUCUUUCUCUCUUGCAGCCAAUCAGAGGACAUGUUUUGGCCAGUAGACACAGUCAACUUUGUGAUUGACACAGGAGUAGAGAAAAGAUAUGUGUACAAUCCUAGAGUCAGGGCAAACUCUGAAGAGGUCCGGUCCAUCAGUAGAUGUCAGUCAGAUAUCCGUAAGCAACUGACGGGAUCAACAGGGAAGUGUUUUUGCCUGUACCCUGGGGAGAACCAGCUUCCUGGAGAGAUCCCACCCAAGAUCCUGGAGUCCAAUAUCACACCCACAGUGCUCUUUCUGAAGAGGAUGGAGGUGGCAGGGCUUGGUCAGUGUGACUUCAUCGACCGGCCCGAUCCUGAGGGACUGAUGCAGGCUCUGGAGGAGCUGGAUUACCUGGCUGCGUUAGAUGACGAUGGGAAUUUGUCUGAGAUUGGAAUCAUCAUGUCGGAGUUCCCUUUGGACCCCCAGAUGGCCAAGGCACUGUUGGCCUCUUGCGAGUUUGACUGUGUUAGUGAAGUACUGACUAUUGCAGCUAUGCUGGCAGCCCCAAGCUGCUUCCUGGAGCCACCUGUUGGCAUGGCAACAGAAGCUGUGCAGUGCCACAUGAAGCUGCAGCACCCAGAGGGCGACCACUUCACCCUGAUCAAUAUCUACAACGCCUUCAAACGCAGCCAGAAAGAGCCAUACUUCAGCCUGGAGAGGUGGUGUCAGGAUUACUUCCUCUGCUGUGCGGCCCUGCAGACGGCCGACGCCAUACGCUCAGAGCUCAGUGACAUCCUGAGGAGGAUCGAGUUGCCUAUAUCAGAACCAGCCUUCGGCACCAAGACCAACACCCUCAACAUUAAGAGAGCACUGCUGGCUGGGUUUUUCAUGCAGAUUGCCCGAGAUGUAGACGGAUCAGGGAAUUACUUCAUGCUGACAAACAAGCAUGUGGCUCAGAUCCACCCACUCUCCAGUUACGGGCCUAAAUCUCACCAGCUGGGUCUGCCUGAGUGGGUCCUGUACCACGAAUACACCCUGUCAGAGAACAACUGCAUUCGCACCGUCUCUCAGAUCUCCCCCGAGGUGUUCAUUCAAAUGGCACCACAGUAUUUCUUCUACAAUCUGCCCCCUAGUGAGAGUAAGGACAUAUUGCAGCACAUCCUGGACAAUGUUGGUUCAGGGAACUGUAAGAAAAAACCAAAGUCGCAGCAGCCAAUCACAAGUGAGACAAAGAAGGACUGCGGAGAAAGUCAGUCCUCUGACCGAUGUGUGUUGCAGUAA